AUAUUGACACAAGCAAGGAAACAUGGCUGUGCGGCUCUUCGAGGCUAAAGACCAUGCAGCUGCUUACCUGCAGUACAGGGUGGCACCCCAAGAAUUAAUCAGCAGGAUUAUGAGCUACAUGGAGAAAAAGACUCCAAAACAAUUCAACCUGGCAGUGGAUGUGGGCUGUGGUUCAGGUCAAGGGACCAUCCAUCUGGCUCCUUACUUCACCAAGGUGGUUGGAACGGACAUUAGCGCCGCCCAAUUGGAGAUGGCACAAGCCAAUAGCAGUCCAAAUGUCUCAUACAGGCAGUGUCCGGCAGAGGAGCAACCAUUUGCUUCUGGCGAGGUGGAUCUUGUGACAGCCAUGACGGCGGCCCACUGGUUUGACCGCAAACGGUUCCUGCAGGAGGCUGACAGGAUGCUGAGGCCUGGAGGUUGCCUGGCGCUCCUGAGCUACACCAUGGACAUGGAGCUGGAGUACGGGGAUAUCUCCAGCAAGCUAAAUGACAUCUGUAAAGAGUUUUACACUGCCCUCCUUCCUUUCCGGACUCCUUAUCUGGGAUCAAGUUCUCUGAAGAUCUACUCAGACCUGUUUGACUCCUGCUCUUACCCAGACAAAGAGUGGAAUGACUGUGUGCGUCUGAGCAAAACCCUGCCACUGAGUGGAUACAUCGGCAUGGUGGAGACUUUCAGCAGCUACCAGAUACUGAAACAAAAGGACCCUGUCGAGGCUGAACGUCUCUCUAACGACAUCAGGAGCAAGUUGCUGUCUGCCAUGCAGGUGUCGUCUCCUGACACAGAAGUGUCAGUGGUUAUAAAGUAUUUCUACUGGCUGGCACGCAAACCUUGAUCAUUCUGACUGGCUGCAUCUUGGACGCCGCUCUUUAACAACCUCUUGCAGCU